GUCUUCUCCAUGACGUAUCUGCUUCACGUCUUCUGGAUGUCCGUCCUACAGCUGCGCUUCUAUUAUUUCAUGGGCUCUGUGAACAAAUCGUUUGAGACCCUUGUUAGUAAUGACAAAGGUAUGCGGUUAAGUAGUGUGUUAUAACAUAAAAAUGUAUCCACAUCACAUAUUUUGUUUCAGUCAAUCAGGCUAAGGAUUCAAAUAGAUAUUUUAUUCCUCAUUUUUAAAAAUAAAAAUGUAUUAAUCAAUGUCGUAUUGUCGUAUUACACCCAAUAGACUUAUGCAAUUAAAGAACAUAAUUUGCAUUUUUACAAUAACUAAAUAUGGUUUAUAUUUAAUUUAGUGAAUUUUCUGUUAAUUUAUUACCUGUACAAUUUCUAUUGAUUUUAUCACUGAGUCAAGACAUUUAAUCCUGUUACUGGUCCAACUCAUUUUAUGUGACUGGACCAUACAAUUUUACAAUGUCCUUUUGUCAUUUCAUUAUAUCAUGCCCCUGAAUUAUUCAUUCUACCCUUACCAUUGUGAUCAAACAUGUCCCAUGAUGUCCUUACAGUCAGCCAUUACACAAACGUAUUUCUCUACACUAUGAUGGGAGGACUUGUCGUGUCCCCUUGCGUUGGAUUAAUUUUUGGACUCAAUGUUAAACUAUUC